UCUUUUUAUAUUUUAUUGCAUUUCAUAAAAAUACACUUUUCAGUUUUCGCUUAAUCUUUACCUACCUUUUUCUCUCUUACAUUAAAAUUCUAGAAAAUGGCGGGUUUAGUUGCGAAUAAUCGUCACCUGAAUAUGCAAAAGGGGGUUAUAAAUUCAUUUGAUUUCUCCAUGAAACGGAAGCUAGGAGAAUUUUUACAACCAGAAGUCGAACAAAAUAAAGAAAUUCAUGAUAAAGAAGAUUGUGCCCUAAAGCAUCGUCGUGUUUCUAAUUUGGUUGAAGAUUCUUGGUCUGAUAGUUCAGAGGAAGGUAAUUGUGAAAUAGAUGACGAGACAGACGACAUGGAUUAUGAGAUCUCGAAGGUUAAAAGGAGUAAACCAAAGAGUAAUCUGGCAAAAAAGAAGAAAAGCAACAGAUCAGUGGCUAUGAAAACUAUCAUUGUGGGCAAAACUAAGCAUUUUGAGCCUAAUAAUUGUGUAAAUGUGGUUGAUCGUACGAGUGAACCAUCUCCUUCCUUUCAACUGAUUUCUUCCUCUCAAACCUCAACCAAUUCUUCAUCGAGCACUGAUUGUGAUGAUAAAUGGGCGGAAAUCUCGACCAACAAAUUAAUGAGAAAACAAAAAAAGCAGUUCAAUUGUCAUCAGUGCAGGAAAAGUGAUAGACGUGCUGUUAUUCCAUGCCUCAAGUGUUACAUGCAAUAUUGUUUAAGAUGUGUUAACCAGUGGUAUCCUGAAUUAUCUGAGGAGGAUAUAGCACAAGCCUGCCCGUUCUGUCGAAACAUUUGUAAUUGUUAUCAGUGUCUGCAUUCAGCAGAUAUAGUCAAGAUACCAACGGGACAAGUCCUCCCACGAGAUGAGGAAGAACAACUCACUUAUCUGGUUGAAUCAUUGUUGCCAUUCAUAAGACAGAUAAAUGUUGAGCAGUUUCGAGAAUUAGAGCUCGAAUCUAACAUAUUAGGUGUUAUCGUGAGCGAAGAUCGCAUACAAGAGACAUCGUGCACUGACGAUGAGCGUGUUUACUGUAAUCAAUGUGCAACUUCGAUAUUUGAUCUUCAUAGAAGUUGUCCGAAGUGUUGUUAUGAGUUGUGCUUGAGUUGUUGUCAAGAGAUUCGUCAAGGGAAGCUCUUAGGGGGUCCUGAAAUAGUUCCACAUCAAUAUACUUCAAGGGAUUUUGAUUACAUGCAUGGUGAAGAUCCUAUACCAAGUUGUUCGCCCCGUUCUACUGAAUCUGUCAGUGCACCAAGUUUAUGGAUCGCUAAUGAUAAUGGUAGUAUUCCCUGUCCAUCAAAAGAUCGCGGAGGUUGUGGCGAUGGAGUUCUGGAAUUGAGGAGAAUUCUUCCUAUAUAUUGGACUCAAAGCUUGCAAGCUAGGGCAGAAUUGCUUGUAAAAGACAAGAGUACUAAGCAAACUCUUUCAAGACGGUGUGAAGCACGAUCUCCUAGAAAUUCAAAUGAUCAUUUGUAUUGUCCAUCUUCCAAAGAAAUACUUGCUUCGGAUGGAAUAAUUCAGUUCAGGAAACAUUGGGCCAAUGGUGAACCUGUGAUUGUUCGAGAUACCUUGAACCAAACACUUGGUUUAAGCUGGGAGCCGAAGGUGAUGUCACGAGCACUUUGUGAAAAAACGGAUUCUAUUAUUCGAGCGAUGGAUUGUUUAUCUAACUGUGAGGUAGAAAUUAGUACUAGAGAUUUUUUCAAGGGAUACAUGGAAGGUAGAAAAUAUGAAAAUUUGUGGCCCGAGAUGUUGAAGCUUAAAGAUUGGCCUCCAUCCGACAAGUUUGAAAAUCUUUUACCCCGGCAUUGUGAUGAAUUUAUUAGUGCAUUGCCAUUUCACGAGUACACAGAUCCUAGAAGCGGUAUUCUUAACCUCGCUACUCAAUUGCCUUCAAACAUCCUUAAACCUGAUCUGGGGCCAAAGACUUACAUAGCUUAUGGAAUUGCACAAGAGCUUGGACGAGGAGAUUCUGUGACUAAGCUUCACUGUGACAUGUCUGAUGCAGUAAACAUCUUAAUGCACACGGCUGAUGUUUCUUUAGAUGACGAUCAAUUAGCAGCAAUUGACACGAUAAAAAAGAAACACAAAGCUCAAGAUCGAAGAGAGCUACAAUCCUCCCGAGUGGUUGAUGAAGAGUUCAAUCUUGACUCGUGUGUUUCAACAGAAAACGGCGCUGCUCUAUGGGACAUUUUUAGGAGGGAAGAUGUACCAUUCCUAGAAGAUUACUUGAGGAAGCACUACAAGGAGUUCAGAGACGCUUAUUGCUCUCCUGUGGAACAGGUCAUCCAUCCCAUACACGAUCAAUCAUUCUACUUGACCUUAGAGCAUAAACGAAAACUGAAAGCGGAAUAUGGGGUUGAAGCUUGGACGUUUGAACAGAGGCUCGGAGAGGCAGUAUUCAUACCUGCUGGUUGUCCCCAUCAGGUCCGAAACCUCAAGUCUUGCACAAAAGUAGCAGUAGAUUUUGUAUCGCCAGAAAACCUUGGACAGUGUCUCCAACUCACAGAGGAGUUCCGAAAACUACCAAAAUUCCAUAGGGCUCGAGAAGACAAACUCGAGAUUAAGAAGAUGAUUCUUCAUUCAGCCAACAAAGCAGUCGGACGUCUAGAAAAAUUGACUUUUGGGUUCUCGUUUUAUUAGUAGUAACGCUCCAUUUGAGUCUCAGUUUUGUAUAGUAGAAAAUUUUUGCUGGUACUAAAUUGGUACCUGGAUAAUAUGAUGUAUAUUCAAUUUAUGAAAUAAUUUUCUCAAUAGAUGCAGAAAAUAUUUUAUUUUCUCUAAAA